GUUUGGAAGAUAUAUAUAGACCUAAACGGCUAUAGAUAUACGAUCCAUGAAUGUCAAGUUAAAAACGGUUGGAAUACCCGCCAAAUGGUCCAAAAGUAUAUGUAAAACAGUAGCAGUAGGUUGCCUAAGACAGAACAAACACAUUGUAAGAUCAUGAAUGUCAAAUAACACCAAAGAUGUUGCAGCAAAGUGACAGCUUUUCGUGAGAAUCAAACCCAAAUCAACUAACAUAAAAGCUUGAUUGGUUGGUUCUUAAGUCCACCACCACAUCAAGCAUUGCUUAAUCUAGAGCAGCAUUAUUUUGCAGUGGAAGACAAAGUAGGAGAAAAAUGAACAACACCUAUGCUCUCCCUCCUGGCCUCAUGUAUGAUGAGGCCAGUCCAGAUUGGAUGAGCAAAGCCGACAACGCAUGGCAGCUGACCGCUGCAACUCUGGUUGGCAUGCAAAGUGUUCCUGGCCUCAUAAUCCUAUAUGGCGGUGCGGUGAAGAAGAAAUGGGCUGUGAACUCAGCUUUCAUGGCAUUCUAUGCUUUUGCUUGUGUUCUUCUGUGUUGGGUUGGUUGGGGAUAUCACAUGUCUUUUGGAAGUCCACUCUUCUCAUCAGCUCCAUUUUGGGGGAGGGCUGAUGUGGCAUUGGACCAAAAGUAUCUUUUUACGCAGGCGUUUCUUGGGAAGUUCCCAAAUGCCACAAUGGUGUACUUUCAGUUUGUAUUUGCAGCAAUCACUUUAAUUUUGAUUGCUGGAGCUCUUCUGGGAAGGAUGAACUUUUAUGCUUGGAUGUUGUUUGUGCCACUCUGGCUGACAUUUUCAUACACCAUUGGAGCAUAUAGUAUUUGGAGUCCAAAAGGGUGGCUUGCCGUGAGAGGAAUAAUUGAUUAUUCUGGUGGUUAUGUGAUCCAUCUCUCUUCUGGAGUUGCUGGUUUCACAGCAGCCUACUGGGUCGGUCCUCGUUCAACCAAGGACAGGGAAAGGUUCCCUCCAAACAACAUUCUUCUUAUGUUGACGGGAGCAGGGUUGCUCUGGAUGGGAUGGACAGGGUUCAAUGGAGGAGACCCUUAUGUAGUCAGUAUGGAUGCUUCAUUGGCUGUCUUGAACACUCAUGUCUGCACCGCUACCAGCUUGCUAACUUGGCUAGCGCUUGAUGUCAUCUUUUUCCGCAAGCCUUCUGUCAUCGGAGCAGUUCAAGGCAUGAUCACUGGUUUAGUUUGCAUCACCCCAGCUGCUGGAGUUGUGCAAGGAUGGGCAGCCAUAAUAAUGGGGCUUCUCUCCGGCUCAAUUCCUUGGUACACCAUGAUGGUUGUCCACAAGAAAUCCAGGCUUCUUCAGAAAGUUGAUGACACAAUGGCUGUCCUACACACUCAUGCUAUCGCCGGAUCCCUUGGUGGACUCCUCACCGGUUUCUUUGCCCAUCCAAAGCUCAAUAAUUUGUUCUAUGGCUACUAUGCUCAAUAUGUUGGUCUAUUUUAUGGUUUUGACAUGCGAAAAGCCCAUCUCGGGCUUCGUCAAGUAGGAAUUCAACUUAUCGGGGUAAUCUUCGUUGUUACACUAAAUGUUGUGGUGACAAGCCUCGUAUGCCUUUUGGUGCAACUCAUUGUGCCUCUGAGAAUGUCUGAAGAGGAUAUGGAGAUUGGUGAUGAAGCAGCUCAUGGUGAAGAGGCUUAUGCUAUCUGGGGUCAAGGUGAAAAGAUGGACGUAGCAUAUGAUUUAGAGUCAUCUGCAAAACGUAAACCCAGGUCUGCUGGAAAUAUUGAGAUGGCAUAAGGCUAUCUACAUUGGUGUUCUAGAUGCUAAGCUGAAAUGAAUUUGGAGGAUAGAAGCUUUAAAAUGUUUAAAUGUGUCAAGAACUUUGCACAGUUUUCAUUGAAAUAAUGUCACUUAAUAAUUGUAAAACCAUAGAAGAAAAAUCGACCAUUUAAGCUUAUGCAUGACAGUGCUGGUUAAUG